AUUUUAGUCCUUUAUUUUCUUGUCUCAUUCCUUUGUUGCUAUGGUAACCUUCCACAUCCCCCAAAUUGCCCCUUCGUCUGGCUGAUGGGUGGUCCUUUUUCUUUUCUUCAACAAGGCCGGUGCACACACACACACACGCACACACGCAGAGGUUGUUGUUAUGUUGUCUCCAUGUCUUCCUCUCUUUCCCUUUGGUGUGUUUGUUGUAGAAUGGAGAAGGCUGGAAACCAGAUGAUGGCAAAUUGAUCUGGCCGCAGAUGGAGAUGUGUGAGUCGAGCCUGACUGGUUCAGGCCUCCGAGUGUCACGCUCCUCACGGCCCUCCUGAAGUGUGCUUAUCCAAACAAUACAUUUGUACCCGAGAGUCCUCCCUGUGCUCUCCCCCUUGACACGUAUUUAUUAUUACCGCCUCAAACACGGAUCGUGACACAGAGCAUAAACGCCCUCAUCAGAAACACACUCUGCUGCAGAGCUCGUAUCAGAAAGGGGAAGUGCCACCUUCUUCUCUGACGCAUCCUCUCAUAUGUGCUUUUCUUUCCUUUUGACCCUGUGACAUGUUAUUUUCUUUUAAAGCCACGGUUUUUGGAUUGAGUGCAGUCAAGCCUUUUGACAGAAUUCACAAGUGCCUGCAUUCAGAUUGAGAGCACCCCUCCGUUUCCUCACUACGCUGUUUUGACAGGUUUCAGUGUUGCCUUCAGUCAGGAAACUCAGUUCAGCAGAAGUCGUCCGAUUUUGUCGAGUUGCACUCCGGGAGCUGAAGCACUUUGAAGCACAACUCACACUUCUGCAGGUUUUGCUGACCGGCCAGCGGAAGCGACUCUUGAGGAGGAGCAAUGGAGGCCUUUGACAAUCACAAAGAGGAAGAGGCUUUGGAUGUUGAGUCCUUUGAACGAGAAAAGAGGACAAUCAUUCAGCCAACAUCUUUAAAAGAUCCAAAACUUGAACAGUUAAAGGAGGCAUUGGUUGAUUGGAUCAAUAAGACUUUGAAACCGGAGCACAUUGUGGUUCAGAGUCUGGAGGAGGAUCUGUUUGAUGGACUGAUUCUCCAUCACAUGCUGUCCAGGUUGGCCGGUGUGCAGCUGAAUGUGGAGGAGAUCGUGCUGACGAGCACGGCUCAGAUCCGCAAGCUAGAAGUGGUCAUGGAGGAGCUGAACAAGAGACUGGGCCUGGAGGACAGCAGUCAGACAAAAUGGAACAUCAAACUCAUCCACAACAAAGAUCUUCUGGCCACUAUUCAUCUGCUGGUUGCCAUGGUGAAAUGUUUCCAGCCUGAACUGGAUCUGCCACCCAAUGUGAAGGUUGAAGUUGUAGUCGUGGAAGUCAACAAAAAUGGCAUCAAAUCAGAAGUGCAGAUGGAAACCCUGACAGAGGAAAGAGGCGCUGGCUCAGACUCUUCCAGCAACACUGAGAAGGAAGAUCCCAUUGAGCAACUGCUGAAACUUGAGGCUCACAAGGUCAACACAGUGAAGAAGGCCAUCUUGCAUUUUGUGAACCAGAAUCUGGCGGCGAUGGGUCUGCAGGUGACUGAUAUGGACAAACAGUUUGCUGAUGGCGUAAUUCUCCUGCUGCUGAUCGGACAGUUGGAAGGCUUCUUCAUCCCGCUCUUUGACUUCAACCUGACCCCUGUCAGUGACACAGAGAUGCUUCACAACGUGACGCUGGCCCUGGACAUCCUGUACGAUACAGGCCUGCAGCUGCCCAGUGUUGAGCCACAAGAUAUCGUCUCUCAGGACAUCCAAGCCACCUUGAAGGUCUUGUACGCGCUGUUCAAGAAGCACAAAGAGAAAUGACAGAGGACGCAGUGUGAAGAGGAACUGAGCAAAAGAAAAAAAAAAUGGUUUGGCCAGUUACUGAAGGGUAACGUUUACUGCUAUCUAGAAAUUUGGCUGAUGUAAAGGAUGAUUCAUGCAACCUAGAUGUGUUUUUUUAUUGUUGUUAUUUUUAUACAGUUUUGGCCUUUAUACCUACCUGUUAAAAGUGGCAGAUAAAUGUCAGUUAGAGAAACUUCUUCAAACUCUUUUACAGGCAGGAAAAAGAAAGGAGGUUACAUAUAAAAUCUUCAAAGCUCUGCACAAAACAUUUUAUGCAUAUGCAUUUAGUUAACAUACACAACAAAGCUUGAAGGUGUAUUUUUACAUUAGCUUUGUCAUAAAAAAAACACUGUGUAUAUAAACUUGACAUUCAAUCUUUAUGUUGAUACGAUACGAUACGAUACGAUACGAUACGAUACGAUACGAUACGAUACGAUACGAUAGGUCCUGUGUUACGUCAAAAUGUGAUAUUUGGUGUGGAAUACAUUUUAUACCACACAAUAUACCUUUAUUGAUCCCUUCAAGGAGAAAUUCCAAAGUGACACAGCUGAAAUUUUUUGAGGAGAUGAAGGCAACCGUGAUGGCAAACAGCUUUGGGUGUUAUCAUCUAUGACCGUUUACACCCGACUCAGAUGCUAAUGGGAAAACAUGAAUGAAGCAGUUGAUCCAUGUACGUCAAUGCAAACCCAACCUCUCUCAGCUGUCGAGAUCAAUGAAGGCAAACCUCUUGCAAACGGAAAAUCAAGGGUGACAGUGAAAAUAUUACCCAAAAUGUAGAUAAAUAUCCAUCCCAGUUUAAAGACAAACGUCCUAAAUUGCAAAGUUUCCUUUGCAAGGAGCUGCGACAGCAAUUCAAGUGUGCAAGCUCACAUCAUUUGAUGAAUCUACUGGCUCCUUUACAGCCUGUCUGAUCAUCUAACCGCUUACUUUCAUGUUGCCUCUGACUUGUGGGGACGUUGUCGCUUCUCAGAUCUCCACACUUGCUUUAAUAGUUCCCACUUUAUCAUAUCCGACAGAGAUAACAGGAACCAGCACUCAAAAACAACUCAACAGCACUCGACACACUCAUUAGUAACAAUGCCAGUGUUUACACGCAAGUAAUAUGUUGAAGCUAUCGUUUGUUCCCAUCUUAUUGACAGUUUAAGGAUAAUUAAAUCUUAAUUGACAACUUAAACAACAUGUUGCGUGCUUUGUUUUGGUGCAUAUUUAGCUUGUGUAGAUAUCAGUAUAGGGCUGUCAGUCCCCUUGGUGUUUUUUCUUUUCCUUACUAUACCUUUUCUUUUCAGCCUGACAAUGCUGGAAUAUGGCACUUUUCAUUUUUUGCUAAAGCCACUCCCCUGCCUUUGACUGUCGCUUUUCAACAAAUAAAGUGAUUUUCUUUCUCCACUUCA